UCUCACUAUCAGGAAGCUAAUAAGUAAAUAACUAACCAAAUAAAAUCCCUAAAGCGAGUCCCCCCGAAUUUAUCCUUGAUCUUUCAAGGCUAGGCUUCCACCAUCGCCACCACCACCACGAUGGCUUUGACCAACAUGCUCCGCCGCCGACUCUUCUCCCGGUCCUUCUCCUCCCACGAUGGUCCAAGCCGGUGGACGACGCCCGGUCCCCAAGAACGGCCCAAUGGUUACCUCUUCAAUAGGACACCACCACCACCUGGUCAAUCCCGUAAAUGGGAAGAUUGGGAAUUGCCUUGCUACGUCACGAGCUUCCUCACCAUCGUUAUCCUCGGUGUCGGUCUCAACGCCAAGCCCGAUCUCACUAUCGAGACUUGGGCACAUCAAAAAGCCCUUGAAAAACUCGCCGCCGAGUCGUCGUCAUCUUCUUCUGACUGAGAUGUUGUGAAACAAACUUCAAUCUGGAUCUGUAGGGGGUACGGAUCUUUGUGAACGCUUUUGAUUUUCUGUUGAUAAAAUGUGUAGUUCGAAUAAAAAGAUGGAUUCCUUUUCUUCUUCUUUUUUUUUUUUAACAGUUGAAGGGCUUGUAGCUGUUUAAAUUUUAUGGGUUUUUAAAAUUUGAUUUCCCUUUUCGAUGA